UAUUUUCCUUUUCAAUUCCAUGAUAUAAAUAUAUAUUAUUUUUAUUCUUUUCAAAUUUUGUUUGUUUUUCUUGCCUAUAAAAAGAAACUAUCGAGGGUAUGGUCUUUCCAUCAAAAACAAGGAAGCAUUAUAUAUAGAGCUUUGUUAUAUACUAUAACAAAAAAGCAACAUGGACAUGGAAAUGGAAAUGGAGAUGGAGAUGGAGAAUAGUAAUAGAGGAAACCAAAUAAAAAGUGGUAGCUUUAGGAAGGGUAGCUUUAGAAAGGGUAGCUUUAGAUUGGGAGGAAAAGAUCACACAGUGGUUGAGUUAGGUAGUAUUGACACACAAAAACUUCUCUUAGAAGGUGGUGGUGGAGAAAUAAGAGAGAAACAAAAAACUCUCAAAAACUCUCUUUCUAUUAAGCAGAUGAAAUCCCUCACUGCUCUUUGUGAUACUAUCUUACCUUCUAUCAAUGACUUUGUUCCUGUCUCCGACGACGACGAAUCUGCUGCUACCUUCUACCGUAUUUCAGCUUCCAUGGCUGGAACACCUGAACGUCUUGGGGGUAUAAUAAGUGAGAGACUGAUUCAUCCAAUGACAAUGGUACUAAAGUUGGUGUUAUGGUUUCUGUCUACAUGGUUAGGGACAAUAAUUUUAUGUGGCAUGGGUUGCUUAUCAACAAAGUUCCCUUUUAUACAUACUUUCCCUGAUUUGCCUCUACACAAACGCCAACAAAUUAUGCAAUCUUGGUCUCUAAGUUUCUUUCGUCACCUUAGAAUGUUCUUCAGAACAAUCAAACUUCUCACUCUCCUAAUCUUCUUCACUCAGGUAGAUGAAUCAGAAGACAAUUGUUCAUGGAAAGCAAUUGGAUACUGUGGACCUGAUCCAGAAUUCAAAGCUCAGUUAAAGAACCAUUUCUUACAUGGAGCAUGUAAAGAAAAACAAGAUUCUGAGGAAGGUGAUAAUGAUGCUGAACUAGCCAUAGGACCUCUUUACAAAGGGCUCGUCCAUCUCAACUAUCCGAGAGACAUCAUUGUCGACACUCUAAGACGAUUUGGAUUCCCCGUCUCAGUUAGCCGUCGAAAACAGAAAACUGCUCCAAGCUUAUCAUCUCCUUCUUUAGUUGUACAAUGCGACGCUGUGGUAGUUGGUUCCGGCUCAGGAGGUGGAGUUGUAGCCGGAAUUCUGGCGAAUGCCGGUUACAAAGUGUUGGUUUUGGAGAAAGGAGGCUAUUCUGCUAGGAACAAUCUUUCUCUUCUUGAAGGACCAACAAUGGAUCAAAUGUACCAAGCUGGUGGUUUGGUUGCAACUGAUGAUAUGAAUAUCUUCAUAUUAUCAGGAUCAACUGUUGGUGGAGGGUCUGCAAUCAAUUGGUCUGCAUGCAUCAAAACACCUCAGCAUGUGUGCAAAGAGUGGUGCGAAAAACACGGGCUAGAGUUGUUCGAAAGCGAAUUGUAUCAAGAAGCUAUGGAAGCUGUUUGCGAGAAAAUGGGAGUUCAGUCCGAGAUAGAAGAGGAAGGUUUCAACAACGCAAUUUUGCGAAAAGGGUGUCAAGAAAUGGGAUAUCCUGUGAAUAACAUUCCGAGGAAUGCUUCGCCUGAUCACUACUGUGGAUGGUGCUGUUUGGGAUGUAAGGAUGGAAAGAAGAAGGGUACAUCGGAAACAUGGUUGGUGGACUUGGUGAAAUCUGGCAAUGGGGCGAUUCUUCCCGGUUGUACAGCAAUGAAAGUUUUGCAUAAGAAAAAGAAAGGAAGUGGUGAAAAGACCGCGCGAGGAGUGGCAUUUGAAUUUGAAUACAGAGGAAGUAAAGACAUUUGCGUGGUCGAAUCCAAGGUCACAAUUGUAGCUUGUGGAACACUCAAUACUCCAUCAUUGCUUAAAAGAAGCGGAUUAAAAAAUAACAACAUAGGGAGAAACUUGCAUCUUCAUCCGGUGGUAAUGGCCUGGGGCUACUUCCCUGAUACACCUGUAGAACCUACAGGUGCAUCUGAGGUGUGGCCUGAGACAUGGAAAAAGAGCUACGAAGGAGGGAUAAUGACAGCAAUGUCUCCUGUUGUCGCAGAGUUUGAGAAAUCAGGAUACGGUGCGGUGAUCCAAACACCUGCAUUGCAUCCUGGUACAUUCUCGAUUGUCAUGCCGUGGGUUUCUGGAAGCGAUAUAAAGGAUAGAAUGCGAAAGUUUUCAAGGACUGCUCAUAUAUUUGCAUUAGCAAGGGAUCAAGGAUCGGGAAAUGUGCAUUCGCCAAGUCGUAUAAGUUAUGAAAUGGAAGAUGUUGAUGAAGAGAAUUUACAGAAGGGAAUUGAUAAGGUACUGAGAAUUCUGGCUGCAGCCGGUGCUGAAGAAAUUGGAACUCAUCAUAACAAGGGAAAUACCUUAAAUGUAAAGAAUGCGAGUUACCAUGAAUUUGAGCAAUUUGUUAAAAAGGAAAGUUCAAGGUCGUUAACAGACCUUUCAACGCCUUUGUGCUCGGCACAUCAGAUGGGGUCUUGUCGGAUGGGAUCUAAUCCGAAGGAAUCGGUGGUGAAGGAGACAGGGGAGACAUGGGAAGUGGAGGAUCUUUUUGUGGCAGAUGCAAGUGUCUUUCCUACAGCAUUGGGCAUGAAUCCAAUGAUCACUGUUCAAUCAAUUGCUUACUGCACUGCACAAUCUGUUCUUCAGGUUCUUAAAAGGAAAAGAACUAAAUGAAAGAGUAAAUAAAUCUUUUCCUACUUUUGUAACUGUAUUGUACCCCAAUUGCACUAAAUAUCCAUAGCAUUGGGAAGAAAAUCCUUUUUCAAAUAACACAACAUUCCCAAAAAACAAAGUUUGAAAGUUUGCAAUCAUUUUAGAGAGUUGUUCAAUAAUUCAAAAAUAGUGGCAGAGUGCUAAACCUUAUAUAUGA